GGCCGUGCCUGAGCCGCGCCUGCUGCUGUCCCCGCAGGACCCGUGUGCUCCCCGCUGGGCUACCGCAAGGCGGACGAUGAGAUGUCCGGAGCCGCGUCCUCGGCGGACCUGGACGACUCGGCUGCCCGCACCAUUCACCUGAACCAGCUGCAGCCCAGCAAGUUCCGCGACAACCGCGUCAGCACAGCAAAGUACAGCGUGGUGACGUUUCUACCUCGAUUCCUGUACGAGCAGAUUAGAAGAGCUGCUAAUGCUUUCUUCCUCUUCAUUGCCUUACUGCAGCAAAUUCCAGAUGUGUCUCCAACAGGAAGAUAUACCACCUUGGUGCCAUUGAUAUUUAUUCUAACAGUUGCUGGCAUCAAGGAGAUUAUAGAAGACUAUAAACGACACAAGGCAGACAGUACAGUAAACAAGAAGAAAACAAUAGUUUUGAGAAAUGGAAUGUGGCAGAAUAUUAUGUGGAAAGAGGUGGCAGUCGGAGACAUUGUGAAGGUUACCAAUGGGCAGCACCUUCCAGCAGACAUGAUCAUUUUAUCUUCCAGUGAACCUCAAGCCAUGUGCUAUAUUGAAACAUCAAAUCUCGAUGGAGAAACUAAUCUUAAGAUACGACAGGGGCUGUCACAAACUGCUAGCCUCCAGUCAAGAGAUGAUUUGAUGAAAGUGUCUGGGAAGAUUGAGUGUGAAGGACCCAACCGCCACCUCUAUGACUUCAUUGGAAAUUUGCGUUUAGAUGGCCAAAGUCCAGUUCCAGUUGGGCCAGAUCAGAUCUUGCUAAGAGGUGCACAGCUUAGGAACACUCAGUGGGUUCUGGGCGUAGUCGUGUAUACAGGACACGAUACAAAACUCAUGCAGAACUCAACCAAAGCACCUUUGAAGAGAUCAAAUGUGGAGAAAGUGACCAACAUGCAGAUCCUGGUGUUGUUCUGCAUCCUUCUGGUCAUGGCUCUUGUGAGUUCUGUGGGUGCCUUACUGUGGAACAGAGCACACGGCAAAGUCAUUUGGUACCUUGGCUCAAAUGAAGCACUGUCAAUCAAUUUUGGAUACAAUCUACUGACGUUUAUAAUCUUGUACAACAACCUCAUUCCCAUCAGUCUGCUGGUGACGCUGGAAGUAGUCAAAUUUACUCAGGCUCUUUUUAUAAACUGGGAUAUAGAUAUGUAUUAUACAGAAACAGAUACACCUGCAAUGGCCAGAACUUCUAACCUCAAUGAAGAGCUCGGCCAGGUAAAAUACCUGUUUUCUGAUAAAACAGGCACUCUAACAUGCAAUAUUAUGAACUUUAAGAAAUGUAGUAUUGCUGGAGUGACAUAUGGUCACUUUCCAGAGUUGGAAAGAGAACGUUCAUCAGAAGACUUCAGCCAGCUACCUCCUUCCACCAGUGAAUCAUGUGAAUUUGAUGACCCAAGGCUCUUGCAAAAUAUUGAAAAUGAUCAUCCCACAGCUGCUCAUAUACAGGAGUUCCUCACUUUGCUGGCUGUGUGUCACACUGUUGUUCCUGAGAGAGAAGGAAAUAAAAUAAUCUACCAGGCCUCUUCACCAGAUGAGGGGGCAUUAGUGAAAGGAGCAAAAAGACUUGGCUACAUCUUCACAGGAAGAACUCCUCGUUCAGUUAUUAUUGAUGCGCUGGGAAAAGAAGAAAGCUUUGAAAUUCUUAAUGUGCUGGAGUUUUCUAGCAACAGGAAGAGAAUGUCCGUAAUUGUUCGAACUCCAACAGGACAAAUACGUCUUUACUGCAAAGGGGCGGAUAAUGUCAUUUUUGAGAGACUUUCAAAAGAUUCCCAAUAUAUGGAGCAAACACUAUGCCAUCUUGAAUACUUUGCCACAGAAGGUUUGAGGACUCUGUGCAUUGCCUAUGCAGACCUGUCAGAAAAUUCUUACGGAGAGUGGUUAGAUGUCUACAAUGAAACCAGUACUAUUCUGAAAGACAGAGCCCAGAAGUUGGAGGAGUGCUAUGAGAUCAUUGAAAAGGAUUUACUGCUUCUUGGAGCUACAGCCAUUGAGGACCGCCUUCAAGCAGGUGUUCCAGAAACUAUAGCAACUCUAAUAAAAGCAGAAAUCAAGAUAUGGAUCCUGACAGGGGAUAAACAAGAAACUGCUCUCAACAUAG